AUGCUUUUACCAAUUCAAGGCUUUGAGAAAAUGCCUUUAGGUUCUCUUGAAGAAGCUAUUAAUCCUAUUGUCUCGUUCGUUCCAGAUGUUGAACAAAUGGUGUGGUUUGAUAAACAGAAUUGCAGUGAUCCCAAAGAUGGUUUAACCAAUGAUGAAUCAGCUUCUAUCAUGCUUUAUACAAUGGAAUGGGAACCAUACGAAAAAUCUUUCUAUAAACUUCCAUCAACUCGUCAUGUUGUCUAUCGAGGUAUCAAAUCGAAUUUGACUGCUCAAUAUGUCCGAGGAAGUAGACUUGUUUGGUGGGGUUUUUCUUCGUGUACUCUAUCAAUUGAAACACUUAAGAAUGAACGUUUCUUGGGCAACAAAGGAGUACGGACUCUCUUUAGUAUUGACUGUCAAUCAGCUAAAAACAUUCGAUCACAUUCAUUUUAUGCUGAAGAAGACGAAAUAUUGCUGCUUCCUGCUCGUCAAUUUGAAGUCAUUGACUGUCUUGAUCAAGGCAAUGGGCUUCAUAUUAUUCAAUUGAGAGAAACUCAACCGAAAUUUCCACUUAUCAAACUUAAUUAA